CCGAGACAGCGGCCGGAGCAGGAGCAGCAAUCCGGGAGCGGGAGGGCGCAGGAAGCUGUGAGGGGGGGUCAGGAAGCUGAGGCUGAGGAGAGAGGCGGAGGAGGGGGGAAGCCCGCGGGGCAGGAAGAGCCGGCUCGUGAAGGGAGGGGCCGCGGAGGCGAGAAGGGCUCGGGCGGCGGGGGGAGAGGCCUCCGCGCAGGCGCAGAGCGGGGCUCGGACCCCCACCUCCUGAAGCGCCCCCCCAGCGGAAAAGGGGUCCUGACAGGACAAGAGAGGCAGCUCCAGACUCCGCCCGGGAGGGGCCGCCGGCCGGGGGGCCACCAUGUCCUCCCCCAGCCCGGGCAAGAGGCGGAUGGACACCGACGUGGUCAAGCUUAUUGAAAGUAAACAUGAAGUCACCAUCCUAGGAGGACUCAAUGAAUUUGUAGUGAAGUUCUAUGGACCACAAGGAACACCGUACGAAGGUGGCGUGUGGAAAGUUAGAGUGGACCUUCCUGACAAAUACCCCUUCAAAUCCCCAUCUAUAGGAUUCAUGAAUAAAAUUUUCCAUCCCAAUAUUGACGAAGCGUCAGGAACUGUAUGUCUAGAUGUAAUUAAUCAGACUUGGACAGCUCUGUACGAUCUUACCAAUAUAUUUGAGUCGUUCCUGCCCCAGUUGCUGGCGUACCCCAACCCCAUAGAUCCCCUUAAUGGUGACGCGGCAGCCAUGUACCUUCACCGACCAGAAGAAUACAAACAGAAAAUUAAAGAAUACAUUCAGAAAUAUGCAACAGAGGAAGCGCUAAAAGAGCAGGAAGAAGGCACUGGGGACAGCUCUUCGGAGAGCUCCAUGUCUGACUUUUCAGAGGACGAGGCCCAGGAUAUGGAGUUGUAGUAGAAGCAGCACCCUGCUUUUCAGAAAGACUGACUUCCUAACCACGCGCUGAGAAGCAGACUAUAAUAUUCAUAUUUAAACAAAGCAAUUUUUUAUUACUAAACAAGGUUUUUAUGAAUAAUAGCAUUGAGAUAUAUAUACAUAUAUAUAUAUAUCACCCUUUAGAUCUUGAUUUCUUUUGGUCAUUUCUCAGAGCCCAAAAGUGCAUCGUAGCGCAUUUCCCACAUUCCACUCAGUAGCAAUAUGCAGCCCAGAUGCAUGCGAGGCAUCCGUUUAUAAUUCCAUUUGAGCAAAGGCAACUUGUGGGCUACUGAACUGUCAACCUAAAAAAAAACCACAAAAAAAAACAGCUGCUUUGCUAGGGAGAGGGUCUGGAUGUUCCCUUUUUUUUCCUCCCUGCCCCCCACUUUUAUUAUUAUUAUUAAUGGUUCCAAAGAUGACAGGAUACCCUCAGAUGCAAAAGCUGAGCAGCGCUUGCAGACCGUCGGAGAGAAAUAUUGGGGGAUAAACGCGAGAGGCAGUGAAGUCGGAAAGGUCCUUUUUCGAUUCAGCUCGGCCGCUUUACACUUUAAACGGAGUUGCAUUUUUAAGAAACGAAACACUGUCGCCAGAAUACGCCGACUUCUUCGAAGUGGUUCUGACAAAGGCGCCUUUCUUUGGCUUAAAGAACAUUUUGCGCGGACUUCCUGCCCUGCCGCUAGAGACUGGCGAUUGGUCCGGUUUGCUCGGGGGACCUUUUGAAAACCUGCGACUGGACAGUCAAAAGUCAACUUUACUGGUCUGGAUCCCCGGUGUCCGUCUGCCUCUGUCGCCGUUACUACUCUUAAGGGACAGAAAGCAAGCAGAGUCCAACUUUGGCUUAGCUUUCCUGGAGCGCGUCACACCCAAUCCAUUUUUGGCCCCACUGUUAAAACCACUGGCAGUUGUGAUUAUUCCACUCCUUGAUGUCUCUUCAAGCACUGUGCCCAUGACCUCCUCCGGAGAGGUCUUCUUACAAGUCGGAUUUGUCAAGAGCGCUACAAGCCCAUGGACAGUUUCAUUGCCCCCCGCCCCACCCGAGUUGCCGCUGAUCACGAUUCCAUCAGUGGUUUCCCAAGUUUGCUAGUUCCUUCCUUUGCUCACUUGUGGCCCUUCUAUAAAGCAGGCCAGACAAUCUAGGAAAAUCCAGUAUAAUGGGCUUGGGAAGUGGUUUUUUGUUGUUUUGGAAGGGGAAUUGAUAAUAAGAGUGCUGGUUUCAGAGAUUUUCUUCCGAAUUAGAUUCUUCCUCCCUUUUCAUUUCUUGAGCGUUUUUUGAACACACAAAUAUUCCUUCUCUCUUCCCUUCCACCCCAUCCCCCCUCCCCCCAAAAUGGAAUGGUAAAAGAACCCCCCUCAUACGUUGAAUGCCUACCUGGGAUGCUGAUGUUACUUGAACAUGGAUAAUGGCAAGGAAAACGCCCGGCAAGAUGUGGAUUUUGCAAUCUGGACAUUACCUCUGAUGUAUUUGUAAAGAGUUUUCUUUUUCUUUUUGGACAGGAUGUGGGGAGGGCAGUUUUGGUGCAAUGUCUGUGGGUGGGGUGGGGUGGGGGCAGUAAACGGAAUUUGAAUUUGAGCAGAAUUCUGAAUAUCAGGCUAAGCCCAGUCCGUUGUAUUUCCUCCCCAGAUUCCCCUGAAACGCCGUCAGAAUUUUGUGGAUUGUUCUGGGGUGCGAGGGGAAGACGCGUCGAGAGAGUACAAUCUUAAAGCCUAAUCAGUUUGCUUCCCCCCCACCCCUUUUGAAAAGAUCUUAUGUAAAGUAGAAUUUAACUUUGGCAUGAUCAUUUUCCUUUAAUAAAGCAAAAGCAUACCAAGAAGUUGAAUUACGGGCAUGAAGAAAAAAACAACAACAACCAAGAACCUUUUAUUUUCUUUCUUUCUUUCUAAAUUAAAAAAAAGCAAAACAGUAAUAUGGUUAUAGUAGCUGAGCUGAAGUUCUCUCCUUUAAGCAAGUAUGGCUUGUUUGGGGGGCAGGUGGGUUAGUAUUAAUAUGGAAUAUGUAACUCUGUGCCAUUUCCUUGACUCUGGAGGAGCGCGGGGAGAGCUCUGUUACUGCUGCAGGGCUCCUGAGACCAGCCUUCACCAACCUCGUGCCUUCCAGAGGUCGAUGGACUACAAUUCCCAUCAGCCCCUGCCAGCGUGCUGGCUGAGGCUCAUGGGAGUUGUAGUCCCAGCAACCUGCGGAGGGCACAAAGUUGGCGAAGUUGGCCUUAGAGAUGCUCUCUGCUUGUGUGGUGGCCUCUUAGGUGCUAUUUAGGUCUAGAUUUUGAGUGCUGAGGUGGCAGUGGUGAUGGUGGUACCGAUUUAAACAAAAUAAAUUGUAUUUUUUCAAUAUUGUAUAUACAAAUAUUAGUGUUCUAAUUCCCUUUACUUUACGCAGGUAACUUUUUCCUUGG